GGUCGCUCGGGGCGGUUGCCGAAACACAGCCCGGCGCUCGCCCGCCCGGCCUUCCUCGUCCGGCAGUGCGGCGCGGGCCCUUGGCCCUGGCGGAGCGGCCCCGGCGCUUCCGCGGCUCCCGUGCAUGCCUGCCUCUCUACCGCCACCAUCAUGGGCAAGGUGCUGUCGAAGAUCUUCGGCAACAAGGAGAUGCGGAUCUUGAUGCUGGGCCUGGAUGCGGCGGGCAAGACCACCAUCCUCUACAAACUGAAGCUGGGCCAGGCGGUCACGACCAUCCCGACGGUGGGCUUCAACGUGGAGACGGUGACGUACAAGAACGUCAAGUUCAACGUGUGGGAUGUGGGGGGCCAGGAUAAGAUCCGGCCCCUGUGGCGGCACUACUACACCGGCACUCAGGGGCUGAUAUUCGUGGUGGACUGCGCUGACCGGGACCGUAUCGACGAGGCCCGCCAGGAAUUGCACCGCAUCAUCAACGACCGCGAGAUGCGGGACGCCAUCAUCCUGAUCUUCGCCAAUAAACAGGACCUUCCCGAUGCCAUGAAGCCACAUGAGAUCCAAGAAAAACUGGGCCUGACCCGAAUUAGGGAUAGGAAUUGGUAUGUUCAGCCGUCCUGUGCCACCUCGGGCGAUGGACUUUAUGAAGGGCUGACAUGGUUAACGUCUAAUUAUAAAUCGUAAUGAUUGUUUUAAAAAAUGGCAAACUGUUCUUAGUCUUCAAGGGAGGUUAGAGAGGAAAAGAAACACUGUGGCUUCUCAGAAAAGAAUGAUUCUCCAUACUAAAAUGUUCAAAAAUUAAGCAUCCAUAGGAUUUUAAUGAUUGCUCACCUCUUCUCCAGUUACCACCCUUCUACACACUUGACUGGAUCCCCAGUUCAGUAUGAUUCUUGCUUGGUGUUAAGAUGCUCUUAAACCUCAACUGUGAAUGAACAAAAGCACUCGUUUCUAUGGCAAACUUCUGACAACAUGGGGGGAACAGAUACAUGUAGCUCUGCAAAGUAACUUUUCUUCUCUAUUGAAAGCCCAUGUUAUGAUGGUCUGACUUCAUUUGUUCGGGUCCUGGGGCUAAGGUAUCACUUUUUAAAAUGUAUGCUUUCUGAUUCAAUUUUCCUCCUCUCCAUUAUCAUCCGCUGUAGAUUUGCUUCUUUUUGCAACCAUGCAGAAUAUGUUGAUAGGUCUUUGUUAUCUAGUAAACUGAAAAACAUUGUUUAUGAACAAA